AUGGAAAAGAUAAAUGGACGAGGUCCACCUCAAAGCUCUUCCUGUCAAUCCUAUCAACCUUUUUCACAGCAACUUCCGGUGUCUUUUCGUUUACCACCAAUCCCUGUCCAAGCUCGUGUUAAUAAGACAGUUUUAGGAAGCACAGAGAUUGUCCAAAAAACUAGUGUAAACAACGCAUUUGUUAAUAACGAUCCGUUUAUUCCUUUAAAUCCGUUAACAACUGAAGAGAUUAGAGUGUUUGAAGAUAAAAAGGCAGCUGAAAAUAAUGCAAGAAAGAGACGGAGAAGUUCAGAAUUUGAUAAAUGGAAGCGUCCAAAUAGUCAAGAGACUCCUUGGCUAAGCAACGAAUGCAACGUUAAAUAUACAAGUGUGGUUCAAAGAUUGCACUAUGAAAUUCUGGAAUUUUUUGAUUAUCUUUUGCCAACAGAUUUAGAACGUUUAUUACGUGCCUAUGUAAUAAAACGUAUCGAGAUGGCAAUCAGAGCGGUUUACUCAACUGCAGAAGUAUUGGCGUUUGGAAGUUAUAAUACGGAUCUUUAUCUUCCAACAAGUGAUAUUGACCUAGUAUGUUUUAUACAUCAAAGGAAUCCAUUAAGAGAUAUUGUAUCAAUAUUAACUAAAAAUAAUAUUUGUGAAGGCAGACCUAUUGCAAUUGCGAAUGCAGUGUUACACCCUGAAAUUCAAAAAGGCGUAGUUGUUCCUGAAGAUGAAAAUCUAGGUGUAUUGCUUAUUGAGUUUUUCGAACUUUAUGGCAUUCAUUAUAAUUAUGAAGAUCUUGCUAUACGUGUUGCGAAGGAUAAAAGAUCUGGAUUAAAUAUAGGGUAUUAUCAAAAAAAAUAUGAAGACUGGGCAACGAAAGAUCCAAUUACAAACAUUUGUAUACAAGAUCCAUCUGACUCCACCAAUGAUAUAGCGCGUUCAACGAAAAAUAUGCGCAUAAUUAAGGACGAAUUCCAGCACGCAUUUGAACGCUUGGUCACUCGGGUCGGCUAUUUGGAACGUUGUACACCCCGCGAUGAAGAUGGUACAUUUAAGGACCUGCAAAGUCAGUCAAUAUUAUCUUCUAUUGUCUACAUUAAUUCUGAUAUCCGAAAGCGUCGGGAUCAACUUUACAAGGAUUAUAAAAACGGUGUCCUUGGCAGUGUAUUGUCCCAAUAUGGAACAGACCCUUCCCGGUUUCUACGGCAUCGUGAUGUCGACAUUAUCUUAGACACGUUCAGGUUUGAAAUUGCGGAAACUGAUCGUUUAAGAAAUUUUAAAUUUGCACGGAUAAGAAGUAAAAAUGAUAGGCAUUAUAUUCCGCCAUCUCCAAAAAAGCGUGAAAGAUCACCAGUGUAUAUUGAAGAAAGUUCGGAUAUGGAAAUGUCCGAUGAAUUUAUUUCUGAUUAUUAUAUUCCAAAUGACAAGAAAUCUAGAAAUGUUACUGAUGAUUACAAUGGGAAAAGGAGAUCAAAGAAAAGGCAUAAGCGAGAUAGAGGAGAUUAA